AUGAAGUUCCUUCGUCUGAUUUUGACUGUUACCCUACUCCUGGUCCAGGUCACCCCAGCCAUGAAGUGUGGGGGUAAGUUGGGGAGAUGCAGAACAACGUGUGAGCAGAAUGAAGUAUUCUAUAUAUUUUGCAGGAAUGAGGUUAUGUGCUGUGUAAAUCCCAAGUAUGUGCCUGUUGGAAACUGA